ACUAACUUAGCUUCUAACAGCCAUCGUGGCUUCUUGCUCCCCCAUUGGAAGAGGUCUCCAUUCUGGCCACAUCGUCCAGUCCUCUCUCUCUUCUUUAACUUAUAUAUACAAAGAAAAGAGUUUCUCCGGGCUUUUUAUUUUCCUGCCCAUAGACGAUAUCGUCUUUUUGCUCUCUUUUCUCAAGAGGCAACGCUCCUCGUUGAUAAAAAAAGACAUACUCUCUGUGAAUUGGUGUGCGCAGCUGAGCGCACCCCACCAAAACCACCAUCAUGGCAUCCCGAGUCUCGCCACUCAUGACGCUUUUGGCGACAAUCUUCCUCUUCACCACAAAUGUUUUCGCAAUUUCAGCUGUUCUGGGUGUCGACCUUGGUACCGAGUACAUCAAGGCCACUCUUGUCAAGCCUGGAAUUCCUUUAGAGAUUGUCCUAACGAAGGACUCCCGACGAAAAGAAACCUCCGCCGUUGUCUUUAAGCCCUCCAGAAAUGGACCUCAGAAGGGCGAAUACCCCGAGAGGGCCUACGGUGCCGACGCCAUGGCUCUCGCCUCUCGAUUCCCCAGCGACGUCUACCCGAACCUCAAGACCAUCCUCGGCCUGACCACUCAAGAUUCUGUGGUUCAGGAGUACGCUGCCCGACACCCUGCGCUGCAAUUGCAGUCCCAUCCUACACGAGGCACCGCCGCAUUCAAGAGCAAGUCUUUUACUGACGAUGUGGAAGCUUGGAUGGUUGAGGAGCUGCUCGCUAUGGAGCUGCAGAGCAUCCAGAAGAACGCUGAGGUGGCCGCUGGUGACGGAACCACCGUACGCUCCAUUGUCCUGACUGUUCCUCCUUUCUACACCGCCGAUGAGAAGCGGGCUCUUCAGACAGCUGCUGAGCUUGCUGGUCUUAAGGUUCUGGGGCUUCUCAGCGAUGGUCUCGCCGUUGGUUUGAACUACGCUACUACCCGGGAGUUCCCCAACGUCAGCAAUGGAUCUAAGCCCGAGUACAACAUCAUUUUCGACAUGGGCGCUGGCUCCACCAAGGCUACCAUCUUGAAGUUCCAAGGCCGAUCUAUUAAGGAUAUUGGCAAGUUCAACAAGACUGUUCAGGAGGUUCACGUCCUAGGCGCUGGUUGGGACCGCACUCUUGGCGGUGACUCCCUCAACUACCUCAUUCUAGAUGAUAUGGUCAAGCAAUUCGUCGAGUCCAAGGCCGCUCAGAGGGCUUCUGUCGCUGCUGAGAGUGUCAAGUCCCACGGCCGCGCCAUUGCGAAGCUCACCAACCAGGUCGAGAAGGUUCGCCAUGUCUUGAGUGCCAACCAGAACACCGGAGCCAGCUUCGAGGGCUUGUACGAGGACAUCGACUUCCGAUACAAGAUUACCCGCACUCAAUUCGAGGAGAUGGCUGCUGAGCAUGCUGAGAGAAUCACUGUUGUUAUCAACGAUGCCCUGAAGGCCGCUAACCUCGACAUCAUUGACAUCGACUCUAUCAUCCUUCACGGUGGUGCUUCUCGCACCCCUUUCGUCCAGAAGGUCCUUGAGAAGGUCUCUGGCUCUCCUGAGAAGAUUCGAUCCAACGUCAACUCUGAUGAGGCCGCCGUUUUCGGUGCUGGCUUCCGCGCUGCUGAGCUCAGCCCCAGCUUCCGUGUCAAGGAGAUCCGAAUUGCCGAGGGUGGCUUCUACCCCUCUGGUGUGAAGUGGGAGGCCAAGGAGGGAAAGACUCAGCACCAGCGACUCUGGUCUGCCGUCUCCCCUCAAGGCGCUGCCCCUAAGGAACUUACAUUCACCAACGAGAAGGACUUCACUGCUACUUUCUACCAGCAAAUUGGCUCUGAUGAGAAGGAUGUUAAGACUCUGGCUACCAAGAACUUGACUGCCACUAUCGCUGCUAUCAAGCAGAAGUACCCCUCUUGCGUUGAGUCUGAGGUUCGCUUCAAGCUCGGUGUCAAGCUCAGCGGCGAGAAUGGUGAGGUUGAGAUUACCAAGGCUGCUGUUGAGUGCGAGGCCGAGGUUAAGGAAGGCCUUGUAGAUGGUGUCAAGAAUUUGUUUGGUUUUGGCAAGAAGGAUCAGAAGCCUCUCAAGGAGGGUGAAGGCUCUGAGGAAGAGAUGAAGGAUAACAAGUCUUCUUCUCCCACUGCCUCUCCUGAGUCUGCUACCGCUUCAGCAGCCGACUCUGCCGCUUCUGGAAGCACCGAGGAGGUCAAGCCUGAGGCCAAGAAGCGAGAGAUUGUUGGUAUCCCUGUUGAGAUCACCAUUGAGAACCGUGGUAUUCCUGCCCUUACACCGGCCGAGAUUUCCAAGUCUAAGGACCGUCUCAAGGCCUUUGCUGCGUCUGACAAGGCGCGCCUACAGCGAGAGGAGGCUCUCAACCAGCUUGAGGCAUUCACCUACAAGAUUAGGGAUCUCCUUGAGGGAGAUGCCUUUAUCGCGGCUUCUACCGAGAAGGAGAGGACCAAGUUGGCAGAACUUGCCAGCGAGACAAGUGACUGGCUCUAUGCUGAUGGUGCAGAGGCUAGCAAGGAUGUUCUUAAGUCCAAGCUCAAGGUUCUCAAGGACCUGGUCACACCCAUUCAGAAGAGAGUUGAAGAGACCGAGAAGCGACCUGAAUACCUUACUGCACUAAAGCAGACUCUGGAGAACACCCAGGGAUUCGUUGACAAGAUCAAGGGGCAGAUUGCCGAGCAUGAGAGUUGGCACAAGUCUGCCUCUGAGUCCGCCUCUGCAUCUUCAUCAAUUGAGUCUUCCAGCACAGAGGCUGCGCAAGAGAAGGCCACAGGUGACUUUGACGGACUGGAAGACGAAGAUCCCGCGGUUGCGGAGGCCCGCAAGAUGGAGCAAGUCAUUAGAGAGAAGGGACCUAUUCCUCCUCUGUACACUUUGGAGGAUCUCAAGGAAGUCAUUGAUCUUCACAAGGCCACUCUGGACUGGUUGAAUAACCUCGAGGCCAAGCAGUCUAAGCUUGCUGCCACUGCCGAUCCUGUGCUCCUCAUCAAGGACCUCAAGACCAAGCGUGACAAGCUGGAGAAGGUCAGCGUUGAGGCCGCCCUCAAGGGUGCCAGAAAGGUGGAGGAGAAGAACCGACAAGCCAAGAAGGCUGCCAAGGAGGCCAAGAAGAAGAGCAAGAAGAGCAAGACAACAAGCGGAGAGGCAUCACAAGAGACAGUGCAGCUUAACGCUGAGGACUUCAUGAAGGAUGGUGAGAUCGAUAAGGAGCAGCUCGAGAAGUUGCUCAAUGAUAUGAAGAAGGAGAACGAGAAGAAUGAGAAGAACAAGAAGAGCGAGGGAGAGAAGAAGCAGACUCACGACGAACUAUAGACGAUGGCGUAUUGACUUUUGAUCUUGGCUUUCCUAUAACGAAAAAGAAGAAGGUGGAGCUGAUUGUUGAUACGCAGCUUGAUUGAUUGAUACCGGGUCAGAUGACGAACGAUAGAAUAUCUGACUCUGACUAUACUUACCAUAUGAAGUAGAAUACCAUGAAGAGGGACAUGUGAAUUUCUCACCGAUGAAUGAUGAACGGGAUCAAAUGUGAGAUGUUUAGUGAAGUCAGGUAAUACGGAUAUGUCGGUCCUGUUCCACGGGCCGUAUCGCUUAGAUACAUUGGUCGACGGAUCCGCGAGUAACGAAGCAUUAUAUCGUGUCCUUUCCUGUCUCUACCCGUUCCACGUCCAUGUCUAGCUACCUAGCUUAGUAGUGUCGUUACCCAUCCUCAUGGUCUUGUGAGCCAAUCUCACGACCCAAGUCGAGUACAGGUCCCCCCAUAUCUGUCUUCUCCAAAAUGGAAUAUCGAAUGUGCCGUCGUCGAUUGUUGCUACCAGAGACGUGGAUUGGAUAUUCAUGCAUUGUUACGUCGCAGUUGCAGGUUCCCGUGUUUGUCCCUGGAGCUGCAGGCUAGAAAAACGACCUGAUUACAAGAGGUUGUGUAAUGGUCGGCGCGAGGUGAUGGGCUCGUCUACGGGGAGUGACUUUUGGGUGGUACAGAGCGUGGCCGAUGACCUAAAUAUGGAUGUUGGCGAUAUAGGGGCCUCGGCUUAUACUACUCGAAUGAGACGUUGCGAGGAUAACGGGAGCUAGAUUUCUGCAAUAGCAAGCAGGUUUUGACAGGUAGUGUUAUACUGUCUUGGCCGAGAAAGUGUCCGGCAGUGUUGAUAGCUGUAACUGUAGCACCUCCCUCUGGGUCUGAUAUUUAGAUGAUUCACUGGCGCUGUCUACCAAGUUCCGGUUUUCCCUCCUUCUUCCUCUGUUUCCUUCGUCAAUCUCUCUCAGUUACACCUUCCUGUGUAUUACAACAUCCAGUCAACUCUUGCUUAUCUCGUAGUUCUUCUUCUCAACCUUCUCUUUCUCUUUCGCCCUCUUUACCAACC